CGUCUAAACUGUAAUUAAAAAUAAAUCGAACCGUCUUCGGAAUUUAUUACGCGCAGUUCGCUAAAAAUAUUGCACGGCGAUGCGCCUUCCGCAACGGCGAGUUUAAUAAUAGUAUUUUCGGGACCGUUGUGCGACAUGCUAACAUAUCGAGUUCGCCCGAAAAAAAUUCCCUUACCGAAACUUUCCGGUUGAAGUUCUACGCCGAGUUGCAAAGAAACGAUGGCCGCGGAAAAAACCACCGCCGAAACUUCAUCCGCAUCCGGCGACGUCGAGAAGCAGGAGAUUGCGACGACGAUAUCAAGCGGCGAGGAAAACAACAAUCAUUUUUUCGAGGAAAAAGUUAAAGAAAGGCCACCUCCUGGUAUAAAUGGUUCUUUGGUGUUUCUUUACGCAAUAUUCUUCUCCGAAUUCACCGUCGGAUGGGUUAGCAUCAACAAUUGCCCUUUGAACGUGCUCAUACCCGUUUACCUAAUACUAGCAGGGUUCUUGGGAGCGCUGGCAAAGUUUCUAAGCAAAUUCGAACACAAAUGGUGUUUCUACGCAACUAUCGUUUUAGUUGUGAUUUGCGUCGCGUGGCACGGUUUAGGUACCUAUGUCGUAUAUAAGGAGUAUCAACCGAACUACGAGCCGGCCAAGGGAGUCUAUUGCAGCCGGACGGCAUAUUUGAUUGCUUUUUGGACCUUAACCUUCGAAUAUACGUUAUUGUUAAUGUUUAUUUUCUUGUCUUGUUCCUAUAUGAUCAUGAGGGGUGACUUUAGAAAAUGCGAAUAGCCCACAAAGUAAAACAUAGGAAGAAAAUGUAAAAUUUAAAUCAGUUUAUCAGGAAUGUUAA